AUGGUGUCCUUCUCGUGUGAGUCGUGUGGUGAUGUCUUGACCAAGAAGAAGCUCGAUCCCCACAGAAACCGUUGUCGAGGCGCCACCUUUACCUGCAUCGACUGUAUGGUAUACUUCCCCGGCACUGAAUAUCGCUCCCAUACCAGCUGCAUGAGCGAGGCCCAAAAGUACCAAGGUGCUCUCUACAAGGAAAAGAACAACAACAACAACAACAAGAAGAACAAGACACACAACAACCAGUCUCAGCCCGCCCCCGUUCACGAAUACGAAGCUAUGGCCCAGCACGCCUACGUCGAGGAGGUCCCCGACGCCGAGUUCGAAUCCUUCCCCUACGAGGCCAGCGACAACGGCAACUCGCCCGUCGAGCUGCUCCCGGAGGCCCCGACACCCCCCUCCGCAAACGAGGGCAACGUCAACGUCUUCGACUUUCUUGACCCGUCCGCAACGCCCAAUGCCUCUACCCUGGGGGCGAAGGAUGUGACCGAGGAAACACAGCUUGUACGCUACGAAUAUGAGGCCGAAGCCUACCUGGACGACGAUGGCGCCAUGAUGAACGAGGACCGCCGCGCCCUUGUGCAAUACGGCACUGGGCCGAUCCCCACCACGGGCUACGAAACCCCUGCCCCGAAACACGAGCGGAGAAGGAAGGACGGCAGCGAGAAGAAGGACAAGAAACGCAAGCGCCUACACGUCGAUACCGACCAAAUGAUGGUUGACGCCCCUCCCACCCUGGCUCAUUCGGGCCUGACGGGCGGCCUGAACCGUAUGAUGCGCCCUGCGGUCUUCCCCCCCUCGCCCGACUACUCCGGAGGCGACGUCGCCGACCCCGGCCUUACCAGCCCGCUCAGGAAGACAAAGAGCUCCAAGCACAAAAAGGAGGGAGGCAUUGGUAACAACCUUCUCGGUCUCCUGAGCAUGAACAGUGCCAAGACCAAAACCAAGACCAAGGCCAAGAAGCGCAAAGUCUCGUCGUCCACCAAGAAGCACUCCCACCACCGGUCCGACGGCGAAAAGGCCCCUAAGCUGAUCGAGUACCGCCCGGGCUCCCGCGACAGCAAGAAGGACGAGGAUGGCGACGACGAGGGACAGAUGGUCGUCUACCGCCCCCGCGCCGACCUCUUCCUGUCAUUUAUCAACAAGGGUCCCGAGAGCGAGCGCGGCUGCAGUAUGAACAAGGCCCUCAAACGCUUCCACCGUGAGCGCUCCUCGUCCGAAGAUACCCUUGGCAAGCUCUCUGAGGAGAAAGAGCUCUGGCGGUCGCUGCGCUUGAGGCGCAAUGAACGUGGCGAGAUUGUCCUCUUCGCGGAAUGA